GGAAUUGAGCUGUCAUGAAAAAUAUUUCCUUCAUACUGGAUGGAUACAGAGGAAUAUAUGAGCAGAGAUAUAUUUUUGUGGCUGUGUUAUCUUUACUAUAUCCAGUCAUGAUCAUUUCAAACUGUUUACUCAUAUAUAUAAUAUGUGUUGAAAGAGUGCUACAUAAACCAAUGUACCUCUUUAUUUGCAAUUUGGCAUGUAUUAAUUUAUAUGGGGCCUCUGCUUUUGCACCUUUUGUUUUGACUAAGAUUAUGACAAGGGAUUAUCAAAUCAAAUGGCUUCCUUGUCUUGUGCAAAUCUUUUCUAUUUAUACCUAUGGUGGCUGUGACAUAACAAAUCUUACGGUUAUGGCUUAUGAUCGAUAUAUAUCUAUAUGUUAUCCUUUACAGUAUGAAAAAAUAGUCACCCCCAGAAAAGUGGUUGUUGGUAUUGCAGUUUCUUGGCUUUUGCCUUUUGCCAGAAACACCAUCACUAUCGCAAUGACAGCUCAACUUAACAUUUGUGGAGUAAUCAUUGAAAAAGUCUACUGUGAUAAUUUUUCUUUUGUGAAGUUGGCAUGCUCUGACACAUUAAGUUUUAACAUAUAUGGUGGAGUUAUGAUGUUACAGUUAUGUCUUACAGUUAUGCUGGUUGUCAUUAUUUUCUAUACGUAUGUAAGGAUCAUUCUUAUUUGUUUGCAGCUGUCAAAAGGAGGGCGAGUUAAAUUCAGCACAUGUGUUCCCCAUCUAGUUGCAUUGCUAAACUUUGUAAUUGGUGGUUGCUUUGAAAUGUUCCAAAGUCUGUUCAAUAUGCAACACGUGCCUCACACUGUACGUGUAGUAAUAUCUUUGUAUGUGCUUAUUCUUUCCCCUAUAAUUAAUCCAAUUAUCUAUGGGGUAAAAACUCAGAAAAUAAAGGAGGUCACGUUAAAAAAAUUCACAAGUUCUACUUGAGGCAGCCAUGCAUUUAUAUAAUAAUGUUAUUUUGCAAUUUUACCUUAAGAGUCAGUCAUUGUAUUUUUUUCUGUUGACUCACAUUUGGUGUCCUUCAUUUUUCUUUUUUGUUGUAGCCUAUAUAACAAUAUACUGUAUGUUUCUAAUACUGCUGCCUA